UUACUUGACAUCGUUUUAUUAAUUUCCCAAAACAUAAAAUCGUGUUCCCUACUCAUUACAGCGGGGAAGGAGGCUACUCAGCCCAUUCGGUCGUACUAUCACAAUUAUCUUUGAAUACAGUUGUACAGAUAUAGUGGCCCAAAUAAGGAAGUCAGAAUGUUGGUGUAAUAUUACGCGUAAGCCCAGAUCAUUGCCGAGGAUGUGAUAUUACAUAGAAUCAAGUCGAUUACAGGCUGUGGGUUGGAGCGGCGCUGUGGUUAGUGGAAGCCUUUCGCGUCACUGUAAUGUUGGAGUCCUGUUUGUAUCCCGCCCGUGGGGCUGAACCAGGAAAAGAGAGAGAGAGCCGACCAACAGCGGCUCCAGGAUCAACUGAUGCUCUCACUCCCGCGCAGGGAGACAGUUGCAGGCUCCAAUUGCCAUGCCUGACAACUUUUCGACAUCAUCAGUGUUGGAACCCAGGGAGGAUCUGUGCGAAUAAAUGUUCCAGCAGUGAGAGCGAAAUCCGUGCACUGAGUCCACGCUUAGUGUGCUGAAAGUGAAUUCAGCGUCAGGGAUUGGCAGAAGAUGAAAUUUGGAAGCGGCACUUUGAUCCUGAAUGUUGGGGGGACCCGAUAUUCGUUCCCGAAGGAUGUGAUUAAGGACUUUCCCCUCAGAAGGGUUAGCAGACUUCACAGCUGCGUCUCGGAGAAAGAGGUGCUGGAAGUGUGUGAUGACUAUGAUCACGAAAGGAACGAAUAUUUUUUUGACAGGCACUCCGAGGCUUUCGGGUUCAUCAUGCUCUACGUCAAGUACGGCAAGCUCCGGUUUGUCCCUCACAUGUGCGAGUUGUCCUUUUACAACGAGUUAAUUUACUGGGGACUGGACCGCUCGCACCUCGAAUAUUGCUGCCAAAGGCGGCUGGAUGACAGGAUGUCCGACACCUACACCUUCUACUCAGAGGAAGAGGAAGAGCUGAAAAAGCAGAAGAAGAAGGAGUUAAAAAAAAGCCCUCAGUUUAAUAGGAAGUGGCUGGACAGGAUGAGGAGGACUUUUGAGGAGCCCACCUCGUCUGUAGCGGCCCAGAUUCUGGCCACCGUGUCCGUUCUAUUUGUUAUUGUUUCCAUGGUGGUGUUGUGCGCUAGCACCCUGCCUGACUGGAAAACAGCCGAAAACAACAGUGUGGAGGAGCACAGGUACACAGAAAAUUUAAUGGGACCAUCAGGGAUAAUCGAAGCGAUCUGCAUGGGUUGGUUCACCGCCGAGUGCAUCGUGAGGUUCCUCGUCUCAAAAAACAAGUGCGAUUUUAUGAGGAAGCCCUUGAACAUAAUCGACCUGAUGGCUAUCACCCCGUACUACAUUUCGGUGCUAAUGUCCUUCUUCACCGGGGAGAACUCUCAGUUACAGAGGGCUGGAGUGACGCUCAGGGUCUUGAGGAUGAUGAGGAUAUUCUGGGUCAUCAAACUUGCUCGGCACUUUAUCGGUUUGCAGACACUGGGCUUGACCCUAAAACGCUGCUACCGGGAGAUGGUCAUGCUCCUUGUCUUUAUCUGCGUGGCCAUGGCCAUAUUUGGUGCCCUUGCCCAGUUGUUGGAAAGCGGGCUUGACCUGGAGGAUAAAAACGAGGCCUAUGCCAGUAUCCCCGCCUCAUGCUGGUGGGUGAUCAUCUCCAUGACUACUGUGGGAUACGGGGACAUGUACCCGUUCACCGUUCCCGGCAGGAUCCUAGGAGGAAUGUGUGUUGUCAGUGGCAUUGUCCUCCUUGCACUGCCCAUCACUUUCAUCUACCACAGCUUCGUGCAUUGUUACCAUGAGCUCAAAUUCAGGUCGGCUCGCUGCGGUAGGAGCUUAUCCUUGGAGUAUCUAAACUGA